AUGAAUUUUGACCAGAAAGCAGUGAAAUUCCUGGCAAACUUUUACAUCAAUGGAGGCAAACACUGGACCCAUGGCCCCCUGAGGCCGAAGUCAUUAGUGCCGGCCCAGCUCACGGAUGCUGCGUUGUCGGGCCGGGGCCCGGGGCCCGCCUGGGGGGAGGUGUGGCCCCCGGCGGUGGUGCUGGAGUCCCCCGAGGGCUUCGGGGUGCACAGGGGUCCUCUCCAGGAACUGCGGGCAAACUGCACCCGCGGCCUGAAGGAGCUGUGGCUGGAGCGACGUCCCCCCAUCGUGACCGACCUGGACGUCCCCGGCCCCACCAAGUACGAGGUGCCGGACGCUUCGGUGCGCGAAUCCUCCCCGCACCCCCACUUCACCAUCGGCCGCAAGCUCUCCGCCCGCGAGGGCGGCGGCCGCAGGGCGUGGCAGACCGCCUGGUUGCAGAGCGAAAGCCCCUUCACGCAGAAAGCCGACUUCAGCCGGGAGCGAAAGUGGCCGUCGCCCGCCGACUACCGUCCGCUCAGCGGCCCUGCCUUCCCAGCCUUCAGCUUCGCGGGCCCCCGCCGCGCCUGUAAGACCGCCGAGGCGCGCGCGCGUCCGGCGCUGCUGCGGGCCUGGGGUGCCGGCCGCCGUGCGCUGCGCCUGUGGCAGGACCCUUCGCAGGCUCCGGGAGACAAGCGCCCCAGCCCCAACACCUACGACAUCCUUCCCGGGUGCCGCCUGCGGAGCCCGCGCUCGCCUGCCUUCUCCAUGAGCCGCUCCCCUGCGUUCGCCUCCUGGGUCAGCUCCUCCCGCACCCCCGGCCCAGCCGCCUACCACGCGGAGGACUGCUAUAACUCGCGCUUCCCCUCGGCGCCCGGAGUGAUCAUCCAGGGCGUGCGAAGACCCAAGCGCCAUGACACAGGCCCUUUCUGCGCGCUUUAGAGUUGCUGGACUGUGCGGGUCCGGCCAGUUAUCACAUGGACACCGCCUCCCCGGGGGCCCUCGCAGGCCUCCCUUUGGAACUCAGGACCCCCAAUCUGGCCGUCUAACCCUCUGGCACCCCCGGUCCAUGCUCCUGGCCAGCUAAGCCUUCCGUUAGCUGUGG